GCCGCGGGCCGCACAUGGCUGCGUGACCGCUGGGGCUGGUGUCUGUCCCUUUGCCCAGGGCGGCGUGCCGCGCGAUGGAGCGCGCCGUGGAGCCCUGGGGUCCGAACCUGCGGAGCCCGGAGGAGAGGGAGCUGCCGAGAGGCGCCGGUGCAGCUUUAGGGAGUGAGAAUGUGGAGGUUUCUCAGCCUGAUGAGUUUGAACUACAGGAAGAAGAUGACUUGGGAUUCAAAGAAGAGGAAGAUUUGGCCCCAGCUCAUGAGGUCGGAACUGUGUCUCUAAAACCUGAAGGUAUCCAGACCUGGGAUGACUUAUGGGUCCACAAAGAGGGGUUAGGGAAGCCUCAGCCUCGGGACAGAGCUCCCCGAGUCUUGGGAGAACCACGCUGGGGCCAGGGGAGUGGUGAUCGGACAGCAGUGUGUGGCGAGUGUGGCAAGAGCUUUCGGCAGAUGUCGGACCUGGUGAAACACCAGCGGACCCACACCGGGGAGAAGCCCUACAAAUGUGGGGUGUGUGGCAAGGGCUUUGGCGAUAGCUCAGCUCGCAUCAAACACCAGCGAACUCACAGUGGUGAGAAGCCCUACAGGGCUCGGCCACAGACCCAGGGUCCCCCAAAGAUCCCUCGACCCCGGAUCCCGGCUGGUGAGCGCCCCACUAUUUGUGGGGAAUGUGGCAAGAGCUUCCGGCAGAGUUCUGAUCUGGUGAAGCACCAGCGGACACACACGGGUGAGAAACCUUACAAGUGUGGCAUCUGUGGGAAGGGCUUCGGCGAUAGUUCUGCCCGCAUAAAGCACCAGCGGACACACCGAGGGGAGCAGCCCCCCAGGCCGGUGGUACCUCGACAACAGCCAUCCCGGGCCACCCCCACUGCUGCCCAGGGACCCAAGGCACAGGACAAGCCUUAUACCUGCACUGAUUGUGGCAAGAGGUUUAUACUCAGCUGCAGCCUCCUGAGCCACCAGCGCAGUCACCUGGGACCCAAGCCUUUUGGCUGUGAUGUGUGUGGGAAGGAAUUUGCUCGAGGCUCCGACCUAGUAAAGCACCUGCGGGUGCACACAGGUGAGAAGCCUUACCUGUGCCCUGAGUGUGGCAAGGGCUUUGCUGACAGUUCAGCCCGGGUUAAGCAUCUCCGUACCCAUAGUGGCGAGAGACCCCACGCCUGCCCGGAAUGUGACCGAACCUUCAGCCUCAGCUCUACCCUGCUUCGCCAUCGUCUGACACACAUGGAACCCCAAGACUUCGGUUUUGCAGGCUACCCUGUAGCCCCGUUGAUCUCCAGCCCACCUCCACCACCUCUUGGCACCAGCCCCUCCCUGACACCCAGAAGCCCUUCGCACUCGGGUGAUGGGCCUUUUGGCUUGCCUGGCUUCGAGCCAGAGCCCGGAGGCCCCCAGGCUGGGGAGCCACCCCCACCACUGGCAGGUGACAAGCCCCACAAAUGUCCUGAGUGUGGCAAGGGCUUCCGCCGAAGCUCUGACCUGGUAAAACACCAUCGUGUGCACACAGGAGAGAAACCUUACCUCUGUCCUGAAUGUGGCAAAGGUUUUGCUGAUAGCUCAGCCCGAGUUAAGCACCUCCGCACCCAUCGUGGUGAACGUGCCCGGCCACCACCACCACCAUCUACUCUCCUGCGGCCCCAUAACCCACCUGGCCCAGCACCCACGACUCCACGACCCCGAGUUCGGGCCCAACCCUCUGGACCCAGCCAGCCCCAUGUGUGUGGCUUCUGUGGGAAAGAAUUCCCCCGAAGCUCAGAUCUCGUCAAACACAGGCGCACCCACACUGGAGAGAAGCCAUACAAGUGUGCAGAGUGUGGCAAAGGUUUUGGUGACAGCUCGGCUCGCAUCAAGCACCAGCGGGGGCACCUGGCCUUGAGACCCUUUGGCAUAGUGGAUGUUCAGACAAGGCCUCUCAAGGAAGAAUCACCAACAGGACUGGAAUGAUGGGGUCCAGGAGAGGGUGGAGAGCCAGCAAACCAAAGGGAGGGGAAUCUGCUGCUGAAGCAGAAGAGAAGGGCAUGGGAGGUGGUGGGAGGGAGCAGUGGGAGAAAGGAGUGGGUAGGUAGAAAUAGAGAUCGGAGACCAUAAUUGUGUUUUGAUACUCAGGAAAUUGUCCUGGCAAGGUGUUAGGACCUUGCCAGUAUGGCCUGUACUCCCCGAUUCUAGAAUCUCGCCUCACAUACAGGCGCUCAUUAAAUACUUGGGAAAUUUAGAAAUGGAUUAAGAUCUAUAGACUCCUAACCCUAAGUUUGCAAGGAACUAGUGGUUUACACCAGUGAUUGCAGCAAGUGGGAGUGGAAAGUUCUGGAGACUCCAUCUCAACCUAUAGCUGGGUAUGAUGGUGGGUGCUUGUCAUCACAGCAUAAAUAGGAAGAUGAAAGUCCAGGUCAACCCCAGGAGAGUCUUAUUUCAAAAAUAAAACAAAAAGGGCUGGAAUAUGGCUCAAGCAGUGUGAUCCUGCCUAGUGAAAAGGAAGUUCUGAUUUCAAACACUAGUACCU